UCUAUAAAAGGGAUGGUUUAGUCUGAGUAGAACUAUUUCUUCAGUGCAUGGCUCUUGAAACUAUCUGUUUUCUACAUUGAGUUACCAUUGAAAGUUUCAGCUGCAAGUAAUAAUGGGAGUGACCUACAGCGUUGGAGAGCUCAACCACCUCUACACCUUCUUUGUGCAAUGGUCCCCAGAAAUCUACUCAACAGGCAGCAAGAAGGCCUGCAAGUCUUGCAAGUUCAGAAAAGACCAGCAAGAGAGUGAUAACCCUGCAGUGGACAAAGUCUUUGGUGUAAUCAACAAGCUCUUCAGAGACCGUUUUGAAAAGUUGAAAACUGCAAAAGUCUGGAAGAUCAUCGAAGUGAAGGAGACAAAACGGCGCCUGAGUCUUUGGAGCUCAGUGGUGUCUGAGAGCGAGUACCAGGAACCUGAGGAAACGCUUCCUGUCCUGAAACACGACAGCCAUCUGCUAAAUGACUAUCACCUACAGAAGCUUAAUGCUCACAUGCCACCAAAGACCCAGGGUUACCCAUGGCAUCUGGUGUACAGCACCGCCAUCCAUGGAACAAGCCUGAGGACUCUCUACAGGAACAUGGCUGACCUGGACAGCCCUGUGCUGCUGGUCAUUAAAGACAUGAACAAAAAGGUGUUUGGGGCUUUUUGUUCUGAUCCAUUAAAAGUCAGUAAAUAUUUCUACGGCACUGGCGAGACCUUCUUGUUUAGCUUCAACCCCGAUUUCCAGCAAUACAGGUGGAGUGGGGAGAACUCCUAUUUUGUAAACGGCAACUGGGAAUCUCUGCAGAUUGGUGGAGGAGGAGGUGGCUUUGCUUUGUGGCUGGAUGCGGACUUGUACCACGGUGCCAGCUUCUCCUGCCCUACCUUCCACAACGCUCCUCUUUCCACGCAGGAGGACUUUACUGUUCUCGACGUUGAAGUCUGGACUGUGCAGUGCUGAAGUGCAACAUCAAUUAAACAAGGAUUCCUCUCUGAGGUUCUGAUACUUCAAAACCAAAAUGGACCGCUAUAGCCACACAGAGCAUCAGCUCGCACGGAGCAUCCCACGUAUGAAGCCUAUGAGACUGGUUCUGCAGGAAUGCUUUCUGGUUGGUUGAUAAGUGAUUGUUGGAGGCAGGCAGGAACAUGAACAGCUCAGUGGGAAGCUGGUAAAGGAACGUUGGAAGCGUUAUGCUGGCACUGCUUUAAUUUGAUUGUUUCAAGCAUCACAAAAAGUCUUAAAAGACCCGAUUCCAGACUUUUAAGGUUUUUUUUCUGUUAAACUUGAAUAAUACAACUGCAAGUGAGAUUACAAUAUGUUUACAGGGGGGAAAUGUUGCAAGUAUUUGCCUAUGUUCCAAAGUAAGAUUAUUUUAUUUUAUUGUAGAGAGACUGAAAUGAGGUAGAACUUAUAUCUGUGUAUGAGAGGAAAUGAGAGGGAUAAAGAAUCAAAAGUGGGAUUUUUAUGAAUAUAUUUUUCUGAAUUUGUUGUCUUCUUUUUUGAUAUUUUAUUAGGUAAAUAAGUACUUGUGUAGUUUAGUGUAUUAAAAA